AUGACAACCCCAGAAGCCCUGAUCUCCAAAUUUCAGGUCACCAAGCUCUUAAAGCAAGAUCAGAAUGGCCGCCGCAUCACCCUCCUCGGCACAAUUGACGAGCAACAGGGUAUCAUGACAGCCGAGCGUGCUGCAUUCGCAACCGAAUCUCUGGAAGUGAUCCGAGCCUUCCACGCAGCCCUUACAAGAAUCAACAACCUAGGCGACAACGACAUCUACCGUUGGUACCUUGCUUCCUCAAACGGGGAUACCACCGUUGCCACAAACACCGAUUUCCAGCAUGACCUAAAGCUAAACUUGAUUUGGCCUUGCACUGAGCAGCAUAUCAAGAAAUACUCUGAUCAGCAGCUUCGCAUGGUUACCGAAACACCGGAGAUCUACAAAAGCCAAGUCCGCCCAUACAUGCAAGCGAAACGCGAAGAAGGUCGUCUGAACUGGGUAUUUAAUAUCCUUGAAGGCCGGACCGAGCAGGAAGACGUCAUCAUGCGUGAUUCUGGACACGGACCGGAGGACGCGUUCUUGAUGUUGCCUGAUCUGAAUUGGGAUCGGAAGACACUCAAUUCGCUGCAUUUGUUGGCUUUGGUGCAUCGGCGGGAUAUUUGGAGCUUGCGAGAUCUGCGAAAGAGUCAUGUUCCCUGGUUGAAGUAUUUGCGGCAGCGGGUUCUGGAGGCUACGGUUUCGAUGUACCCGGGUUUGGAGCAGGAUCAGCUUAAGCUUUAUGUUCAUUAUCAACCGACUUAUUAUCAUUUCCAUAUUCAUGUUGUGAAUGUCAUGCUGGAGGCUGGUGCUACGCAGGCUACUGGGAAGGCGUUUGGCUUGGAGAAUCUGAUCUCGCAGCUAGAGACUAUGAGUGGCGGGGAGGAUGCUAGUAUGGCUGAUGUUAGCUUGACCUAUUACUUGGGUGAAGCGAGUGAGCUCUGGACGGAUAUUUUUGCGCCGUUAAAGGCAAAGCAAUGA